GCACAUACCAUUUAAUCUAAGACAGUUAUUUCAGGCUUUUGUCUCUCUUUCUAUUAAAAGUAUUUUCCGGGCUUUAAUAGCCUAUAAGCUGCCUGAUUUUUGGGGAUGCCGCUUGGGCCGUCCGGUUCUCCAUCUCCCCGUGUCCUCCACCUCUAGAGGUGCGCGAGCCUGGACCGGAGGAGGAGAGCGACGGGGCGGGGGGCGCGAGGCGGAGCGGCGCUCUGCAGUACAGUCUCCUCCGAGCAUCACUCCGCAUUCAGCGCUCCUUGAUGCUCUCACGUCCGACGCCAACGACUGUGGUAUCGAUAUGACGAGAGUAGGAAACGUGACGACCAUGGCGAUCAUCUAGCCGUAGCGUGUGGGAUUAUUGCGUUGUCAUUCGUUCUUCUGAAGGAGCUCUUUGUUUUAAGCCUCGGAGCCCCCCAGUAACGAGAAUUUUUUAAUGGAAAAAUGGCGACAGGCAAACAGUCUUCUAGCUUGGUCGUCUGCCUGGUCUCCAUCCAGAUGAUCUUCUUGAUUCUGCUGGCGUCCCGGCCUGGAUCCGAGGCGCUCACCUUCCCUCAGCAAUACACGAUCAUGCACUGGGGAAGGAGGAUUGAGCAGGAGAUUGACAGAGUGUUCCAGCACAUCACUGGAGCCCAGCAGCUGAAAGGGAUAUAUAAUGAAAAGAGACGACAAUUUAGCUUGGUGAAGAAUCAACCCCGCGAGAUUGUAGAGAAGGUGGCGUCUGACAUAGAAAAGCUUCUGGCUAAGAAGCGCAAAGCUCUGGAUCGGUUAGCUAGCGAGGCCGAGCGCCUCCAGAGAGAACAUCUCUGGCAGGAUGGUAUCAAGGAGUUGGACAUGGCUUAUUAUGAUUCAAAGGCAGAGCUGGACUACUACUCAAUGGAUGGCGAUGGGGACAUGGAAAACCCGUCCCAUAUCAAGCUGGAAUUUGUCUACGAUCCAAACUUCAAAAACAACGUCAACUACUCCUACACUGCAGUUCAGAUCCCUACAGACAUCUACAAAGGAGCCCCUGUCAUCCUGAACGAGCUGAACUGGACGCAGGCCCUGGAGAAGGUGUUCAUGGAGAACAGCCGGGAGGACCCCUCGCUGCUCUGGCAGGCCUUUGGCAGCGCUACGGGGGUCACCCGCUACUACCCCGCCACACCCUGGAGAGCUCCUGAUAAGAUCGACCUCUACGAUGUCAGGCGCCGGCCCUGGUACAUUCAGGGGGCAUCAUCACCAAAAGACAUGGUUAUUCUGGUCGAUGUGAGCGGAAGUGUGAGCGGCCUGACUCUGAAGCUCAUCAAGGCCUCGGUGAUGGAGAUGCUAGACACGCUGUCUGACGACGACUACGUCAACGUGGCAAGGUUCAACGAGAAGGCAGAGGCUGUGGUCCCCUGCUUCAAACAUCUGGUCCAGGCCAACAUACGCAACAAGAAGAUCUUCAAGGAUGCGGUGCAGCAAAUGCAAGCCAAAGGCACGACUGAUUACAAGUCAGGCUUUCAUUUUGCCUUCAACCAGCUGUUGAAUAAGACAAACGUCCCUCGAGCAAACUGCAAUAAAAUCAUAAUGUUAUUUACGGACGGCGGGGAGGACAGAGCGCAGGAUAUCUUCGUGCAGUACAACUGGCCUAAUAAAACCGUUAGAGUAUUUACCUUCUCUGUCGGUCAACACAACUAUGAUGUCACGCCCCUGCAGUGGAUAGCAUGCACAAAUAAAGGUUACUAUUUUGAGAUCCGCUCCAUCUGCGCCAUAAGGAUUAACACCCAGGAGUACCUGGACGUGCUGGGUCGCCCCAUGGUGCUAGCCGGGGGUAUCGCCAAGCAGGUGCAGUGGACCAACGUCUACCAGGACGCCCUGGGUCUCGGCAUGGUGGUGACCGGUACUCUGCCUGUCUUCAAUCUCACUAUGGAUGGAAACUCACAGAACCAGUUAAUCCUUGGGGUCAUGGGAGUCGAUGUACAUCUUGAUGAGAUCAAGAGACUUACUCCACGAUAUAAUCUUGGUGCCAAUGGAUACAUAUUUGCCAUUGAUCCAAAUGGAUAUCUUCUACUACACCCUAAUCUUCAGCCAAAGCUCGAUGACCUCCCAGAGCCGGUGACUCUGGACUUCCUCGACGCAGAGGUGGAAGACCCCAACAAAGAGGAGAUACGUAGACAGAUGAUUGACGGCAGGCCGGGGGAAAUGCAGAUUAAAACGCUUGUGAAGUCGAUUGAUGAGCAAUACAUUGAUGAUGCUUACAGGGGGUACACCUGGACACCCAUAAACGGCACAGACUACAGCCUGGGCCUGGUAUUACCCCCCUACAAUGAGUACUACAUCCAGGCAGACCUGAGUGACGUGAUGCUCCAGCUCCAGUAUCUGCAGUCUUUGUUGCCCAGCUCAUUUGAAUCAUCAGGACAUGUGUUUCUGGCUCCAAGGGAAUACUGCAAGCGUCUUCAACUUUCCGACAACAAUACACAGUUCCUGGAGAACUUUCUCUCUCUCAUGAUGGACAUCACACUAGAAUCUGAGGACUGUGACCAAGGCAUCAUCCACAACCUCAUUCUGGAUUCUGGCAUCAUUGGACAGCUGGCCUCCAGAGUGUGGAAGAACAAAGAUAUACAUUCGUAUGGCUUCCUGGCGGUAUUUGCCUCCACAGAUGGUGGCGUGACCAGGGUGUUCCCCAACAUGGCUGCUGAGUCCUGGCAGGAGGAUCCAGAGCCCUUCAACUCCAACUACUACAGACGCAGCCUGGACAACAAGGGCUACAUGUUCAGAGCUCCUCAGAGAUCCUUCAUGGAUGACAUCGGGGCAGAGAAUGGCACCAUCGGAAUCCUACUCAGCUCUGCUGUGGAGGUCAAUCUAGGUGGCAAGCUUCUCAAACCUGCAGUGGUCGGGGUGAAACUCGACCUGGAAGCUUGGGUGGACAAGUUCAAGAUCCUGGCCAGCAAUGUGUCGGAGAGCCGCCAGGGGUCACAAAAGUGCGGGCCUUCCAGAAGCUGUGAGAUGGACUGCGAAGUGAACACGGACGACCUGCUCUGUUAUCUGAUCGAUGAUGGGGGAUUCCUUGUCAUGUCCAAUCAGAGGGACCACUGGAAGAAGGUGGGCCUUUUCUUCGGAGACGUCGACCCCUACCUGAUGCACGCGCUCUACAACAACUCCAUCUACGCCCGCGUGCAGUCCUUCCAGUUCCAGUCGGCCUGUGAGCCAAUCAGCAGCAGCCACACGGGUGCUGCUGCAAGAGGCAUCUUUGUGCCCUCCAUUGCGGACAUGCUGAGUUUAGCAUGGUGGUCUUCAGCCGUGGCCUGGUCUGUGCUCCAGCAGUUGCUGUAUGGAUUGACCUACAACAGCUGGUUCCUCACAGACGACUCUGUGGUGGAGGGCUUCGAGACUAAGGACAGUAGCUGUGUGACCAUCCAAAGCCAGUUCUAUUUCACUAACACCACCAACUCCUACAACAUCCUGCAGGACUGUGGGAACUGCUCCAGGCUGUUCCACGCCAAGAGGAUAGAGAACACCAACCUGCUUUUUGUGGUGGCAGAGACGCUGCCCUGCAGCUCCUGUGAGAUCGAGAGGCUGACCCAGGUCCAGACGGAGUUCCGCGAGGAGAACCCAUGUGAAGUCCUGAGAGACGCCAGGUAUCGCAAAGGUCCACCGAGCUGCUUCGACUACAGUGCCUGGGAGAACACGUCUGAGUGUGGUCACGGUCUCUCCCUGCAGUCUUCUCUCGGAAUCAUUCUCCUCCUUCAGUUUACUCAGAAAAGUAUCAUUGAUUUCUUCUGAUUUGUUUGAUUACUUCGGAUACUAUUGAUUUCUUCAGAUUUGAUCCUGAGGUCUGUUGUCCUCGAGAACUUUGACCAAUUCCCGUCUGCGUCAUGUUUACCUGUUUUUACUCCAGCUCUGCUAGAAUCUUACAGGGUCAUACUGUGUAUGACGCCGAACCAAGCCACGCCUCAGCUCUGUUUCCAAUGAACACCAAGAUACAUUCCUCUGAUGAAUGGAUUUCACAUUUAUCAGAAUGGUUUUAGUCCAUGUCUUUUAAUUGCUUCCACUUAUAUUUGGUAUCUUCUAGAAGUGCUUCCAUGUGUUAAAUAAGCAGGCUUUAAGGAAUGAUGUGAAUGAGAGCGAAAUAUAAAGAUAUUGUGCUCAUUAUUUUUGUGACAUGCAGAUCUACAUGUUGAAUUGAUUGCCUAAAACAAUAUGAUACAAAACUUUGCAUGUAGUCGCUUUUAAACAGUGCAAUAACGCUAUUCUUAUCCAGAUGUUUUAAUUGUUGUGAUACCUUGGUGAACAUCAAUUAAUGAUUUAUUUAUUAAUUUACAGUGUUAUUAAUUUGAUAGGAAAAAAAAAGAUCAGCCCAUAUAUAUGUGGCCAGAUUUUCUCUAAUUGUAUUCCAUAACCCUAACCCUAUACCUUCCCUAACCAUGUACAUGUAUACAAUAGCCCUAACAUGUAUACCCUAAACAUGUAUACCCUCACCCUAACAUGUAUACCCUUACCCUGACAGGUAUACCAUAACCCUGACAUGUAUACCCUAAACAUGUAUACCCUAUACCUUGCCUAACUCUGUACAUGUGUACCGUAACAUCGUACAUGUAUACCCUAACCCCGUACAUGUAUACCCCAUCACUAAACAUCUAUACCCUAACCCUAUACAUGUAUACCCUAAACCUCACACUAUUCCUAUACAUGUAGCCCUAACCUUAUACAUGUAUACCCUAACUCUAUACAUGUAAACCCUAACCCUAUACAUGUAUACCCUAACUCUAUACAUGUAAACCCUAACCCUAUACAUGUAUACCCUAACUCUAUACAUGUAAACCCUAACCCUAUACAUGUAUACCCUAACUCUAUACAUGUAAACCCUAACCCUAUACAUGUAUACCCUAACUCUAUACAUGUAAACCCUAACCCUAUACAUGUAUACCCUAACUCUAUACAUGUAAACCCUAACCCUAUACAUGUAUACCCUAACUUUAUACAUGUAAUCUGAUGAGCUGCAUAUUGAUGGUACCGCUUUAGUCUCUUGUAUCUUGACACUAUUUGUCAAAAUGGAAGUUAUGCCCUUGUACGCUUUUUUAUUUGGAAUGUAGCUUAUGACCAGCUUUUGGUGUCAUCUUGUGAUAUAUCUUGACUCUUUUGUGAUAUUAUAGCUAUUGCACAGGGAUAGAACAUCUAUCUACAUGCAUACAUUUUAAUGUACAUACAUUAACAAUGACCAUUGUUAUGUACAUUUGAAUGAGUUCAGUCAAACCUCAUUGGCUAGUGUACAUUUUUUUAGUUGAUUAAUAUGAAAUUUCCCUAUAAUAAUUAAGAAACAGCAAAUAAAAAGCGAUAACAAACAACUACAGAGCAACAUAAGUUUAGACACAAAUAGACACAGAACUUUGUCACCACCUUUGACAGGCAGUGUUAUCCCAGAUGUGGUAACUGAUAGCACCAGAAGACCACUAACAAAGCCUCAUAAUCCGAACUGGCUCAUUUAGAUGUAUGUGUGGUAAACAGUGAAACUUUUAUUUUUAUAUUUUUUUGCAUUCAUUUUUAAUCACAGUUUCGUCUUUUUGUUUUACAAUUUGCAGAACUAUAAUGUUGAGUUUUUUCGUCAGCCUGGUGUUUCACCCAGUAGUGCCUUCGUUGCACAACUAUCAAAUGGCAUCCACUCUCUGAUGUGGGAUGUGGUCAGUAACCCUGCAUGGGGCUGUACCACGGCCGGGGCCUCUACCAGGAGCCGUUACCCAGGGCUCUGCACCCUGGCGGGGUAUGCACAAUGCCAUGGUAUGUACCAGGCCGUGGUACAGCGCAUAUGGCUUCCCACAUUACAGAGGAAUAAGAGGAAACUUGUACAGGAGUACAUUUACAACAAGUAAAACAUUUAGAAAAUGGCAGCGUUGGAAUAACCGUUCAUAACUGCUCUCUCCUCUCUUUAACAUGCUUCCGUCUUCUCUUUUGAUAAAACAAAGUCGAAAAUGUCUUCAGACUUUUUUGGAGCUAGAGAACCUGUCUUUUCUCUGUACACUGGUUCAGCCAUGACUCAAAGCACACACACUGUCCCCCUUCGUACGUUUGUAAUUCAUCCCACUGCCACACACACUUGUAUAUUCUUAUUUUGUUGAAGCCUGUUAGAAAAGUGUAUUUCCCAUACAAUGGACUGGAUUGAGUGAAUGUUUAUGUAGCUGCUGAACUCAAGCAUGAAGGGAUGUGAGAUCUGCUUUCUGAGCAGUCUUUAAAGCACAAUGCUAUUUGGAGUCUGUGAAGCAUUGUUUAAAAAAUGAAGCAUCUCAUGUCAUUGCAGGCUUUACUUGACGUGAUAAUGCAUUUACAGAACAUCACAGUACAUUGUAUUAAGGAAUUUUGUGAAAUUCCAUAGCCUACAAUGUAUUGAUAUUGUUGAGGUCAGUGUUGUAUUUUGCUUUGUAGUACUUUACCUGCAUGAUACCUUGGGAACUUUAAAGAUUUAUGUAUCAUUUGACAGCUAUUUUAAAUGUCACAUUUAGCUCUUUAGUAUUGCAGAGACAUCGAGUCAUGCCCAUUAAGGAUAUUUUGAUUGAUGUUAGGAUUUAGAGGGAUGUACUGUAACAAAAGAGUAACUUUGAAAGUUUGACUUCAGUGAAGCCCGAUUUACAGUAUUUAUAAAGCUUUUUAGCUUUGUUCAGCAAGUAAAAGCACAUAAUGGUGGUCUAGAAUUGAGAGCAACCUACUGCCGAACAACUCGUUUAUUUAGAAUAGGACUUCCCUCCAGGUGGCACAACAUUGAAUAUGAUUAAUGGCUAUUAUGCUGAUUAUUAUUGGUAUUAUGAUUAUAUAUGUAUUUAUUUUUUCCAAUUCCAAGGCUUGAAAUGUGAAGGGUAAUUGUCAGAAGUUUGAAGAAGAGCACGAUGAAAAUCGAUGACCUUUGUUGUCAAGUAUUCAGUUGGUGUCUCCUUUGAAUUAGUAUAGGUGUAUACUAAUUGAAAAGAAUAUAUGAACUAUUUUAUGAUUGGAAUGUUUAUAAAGUUUGCUGGUGUCACUGAGCAGUUUAAAUUAAAACUGAUCAUGCCAUUCAAUUUACUAGGAAAGUUUGUUUUACUGUAACAUUGCUUUUGACAAUAUCGUAGGAACUUACUCUAUUUGUGCCAGUUUCUAACGUCAACUCAUUUUGUACAAACUAUACAAAGCAGCCUGCGGCAAGCUUUGUUACGUUUUGUCAGCCAACCGUUAACUGUUUUUAUCGGGUAUUGGUGAAUAAAUGCAAUAUUUUUCACUUCA